AUGAAUUUAAAUAUUUUGGUUUUAUGUUUCGUGAUUUUAAAUAUUUCUAUUGAAUUAAAAUGUGAAGAGGUACAGGAUUCCUUGGCCAUCACUUAUGUGGAUGAGAUUGUUGUUCUUAAAAAUAUAUUUGGUAAUUUACAAGAAAUUCAAAAUUCUAUUAAUUUAUGGAAUUCCAGAUAUAACGAACAUUUGGAAAUUAAGGCAAUAUCCGAAAAAGAUUCAUCCAUUUUUGAUAUACGAUACGAUGAUCUACCCCUUAAAUGUCAAUACCAGUCAAUGCCGAAAAAUUGUGCUGAAGCUACCGCCUGCACUCAUCGUAGUGGAAUUUAUAAAAUUCGUUUGGAAAAAUACAGCAAUGACGCAUUUCUAGUCGAGUGUGAUGUUAAAACGGAUGGUGGUGACUGGAUUUUAAUACAAAGACGUCAAGACGGCUCCGUAAAUUUCUAUCGUGAUUGGGCCGAAUAUCAGAAAGGUUUUGGUAAAAUCGAUGGAGAAUUCUUUAUUGGUCUAGACAAGUUACAUGCGCUGACAAACUACAAUGGUCCACAGGAGUUGCUUAUUCUAUUGGAGGAUAAAAACGAAAUAAGACGUGCCAAAUAUGGUCACUUUGUCAUUGGCAAUGAAAGUGAAUUAUAUGACCUACAACAUUUGGGCGUCUAUUCCGGAGAUGCGGGUGAUUCUUUAAUGUAUCAAUUGGGAAACAAGUUUACAACAAAAGAUCGGUAUAAUGACCAACGUGAUAUAUUGAAUUGUGCUGAAGCUUAUACUGGAGCUUGGUGGUACAAUAAAUGUCAUCAUAGCAAUCUUAAUGGCAAAUAUGGUGAUAAUACGCAUGCCAAAGGCAUUACAUGGCAGACUUUUCGUAAUUUUAAUGUCUCCAUUGAGCAUGUGAAAAUGAUGAUCAGACGGCGUACAUUUUAGUGAAAACAAGAAUUUAAUAUAUUAUAUUAUAUACAUUCGGAGUGACGAAGGCAGUUGAUUCUUUUAUUUUGUUGAACAU